GCUGAGCCAUGCUGCUGUGUUUCUAUAGAAACGCUGUGCCAUACACAGUGGUACUCUGUCCUCUGGGUGCCUCUGCACACCUCCGUUCCACCACGUCUCUGCUCCCCUGAAGCCUUUUUUCAUCGACCAUGAAGGCCGGCGUGGGACUCUUCUCUGCAUUGGCUCUGUUCCUCCUAAUGGGGGCAGUGUUCACCCAGAGACCUCGGCCAAAGAAACCCACCAGGCGCCCAGCCACCACCAGGAGGCCUUCAGUCCCCCAGCCUCCUGCACCAGGACAACCAGAGCCUCAGGAGCCCACAGACUACCCCCCAGUCAUCCUGGGGAUGUCCUCUUUCUUUCCUGACUGCCCCAAAGAGUGUACCUGCACCCCAAACUAUCCAAAUGCCCUGAACUGUGAGAACCACAACCUCCGUGUGAUCCCCGUCAUCCCAUCUAGAACUCACUAUUUGUACUUGCAGAACAACUUCAUCUCAGAGGUGACAGCUGAGCCAUUCCUUAACGCUACUGAUGUUCGCUGGAUCAACUUGGCCAACAACCGCAUUCAUCGAAUAGACAAGCAGGUGUUUGGGAAGAUCCCCUCCCUGCUCUAUCUCUAUAUUCAGCGUAAUCAGCUGAAAGAAGUCCCCUCAGGCCUUCCAGCAAGCCUUGAACAACUCCGCCUAGCAAGAAAUCGCAUUUCCAAGAUCCCCUCUGGUGCCUUCAGCAAGAUGGGCAACCUGACCCUGCUGGAUCUGUACCAUAACCAGCUGAGUGACAACGACCUGGGAAAAAACACUUUUAAAGAUCUGAAAAGCCUGAUGCAGCUCAAUCUGGCUCGAAAUGUCCUUAAAAAGAUGCCUGAUGGGGUUCCAAAUGGCCUCAUACAGCUUUUCCUGGACAGGAACCUUAUAGAUGACAUCCCAAGAGACUACUUUAAAGGCUUCACUCAUUUGGCCUUUGUGAGACUGAACUACAAUCAGCUCAGUGACAAAGGGCUGCCCAAGGCUGUCUUCAACAUAUCCACCCUGCUGGACCUGCAGCUGUCCCACAACCAGCUGGCCUCUGUUCCACUCUUCAGCUCCCACCUGGAGCACCUGCACCUGGACCACAACAGCAUCGAGGUCAUCAAUGGGACUCAGAUCUGCCCGUGCAGCCUGGACACUGAUACGUCUGAUCAGAGUCUGGUGCCCAAACUAAGGUACCUGCGUUUGGAUGGAAACCACCUGAACCCCCCCAUCCCUGUGGAUGUCAUCAUGUGUUUUAGACACCUCCACUCUAUUGUCAUUUAGGAGAAAUGUAAAGCCCUAAAUGCCUGGAGGUGCAAACACAAAAAAACGCUGUACAAACAUUCAGUAAAAGUACACUCUGUGGAACUGCAAUAUUAAAAGAACACAAAAUGAAUGAAUAAAUACUGUAAAGGUUUGAAAGUUCUCGGUUUUAAACAUUUUAGACAUACAUGUUGUAGUUGAGAAACAAAGGAUUGCGUCAUUGAAGCACAAAUGUACAAGGAGUGGGUGUACCAGCAUUUAGGAAUAGGUUUUUAUAAGAGUUACAGUUUAACAUAAAUAUUUGAGUAUAAAAUACAGUGCAGCAAGAGGUUAGAGUAAGUAAAGGCUGAAAAUACAGGUACAUUGAUAGACAUUAAGAGGGUAGUUAUGUUCAUGUGGCAGAUGAGACCUGCACAGGUCUUCACAAGAUAAACAAAGAGGAAAUGAUUUAUCACAAAACUACCAUGUAGUUGAAACUGUCUUUAAUGUGCCUGUGAUUUUCAAGGUACUCCGUGUAAAAAUGUCAUUUUCUUUCUUUCUAUUCUUAGUCUUCUGUAUAUUAUUCUUCUGUAUAAAGCAGCUUUGUACAAAUAAGAAAAAUAAAACUUUUUCUUUGCUCAUUUUGA